UCUCAUUGUUUCGCAAUACUUUACCUCCUUCGGGCUUGCAGUGCGUACUUAAAACAAAGCAAACUUACUCAGAUCCUCCGCAGAAGGAAAAACUCUUAUUCCCAUUUGCCAGCUGUGUAAACUGAGUGAAGUGACUUGCAUGACCUACCGGUUUGGGUCCGCUUUACCAACAGAAUUCAAAGCCCCCCCGCUGAUCGUCUGGAAUUCGGACCCAGGACUACUGUUCGAGAAGCAGAAUCUUAAAAGAGGGAUGGGGUAUCAAGGCUACUAGACUGAGGGACUUGGGACCGCGAGUAGAGUGGGGGAGGUGGGGAAGGGUCGUCUUGGUCACACCCCUCGGAUGACGCAAAGGGACCGGCCCCAGCCUCUCAUUGGCCUCCCCCGGCAUCGGUCAGAGUGGUGGCGGCGACCCGCCCCUGCUUGACUCUCUGGGUGGGUGGGUUGGAGUAAAGAGGGACAGCGGAUAGCCCUGGGAGCCCCGGGACUAGUGGCAGCCUGGGUCGCCUCUGUAACCGCUGCUGCUGCCACUGUUUCCACGGUCCCUGGAACAGCAGAACAGGAAAGAAUAAAUAUGGCAGAACUUUUGGAGGCAGAAGGCACUGUAGAUUGGAAGGAAAGAUGCAUAGCCCUGGAAUCACAGCUCAUGAAAUUUAGACUCCAGGCAAGCAAGAUCAGAGAGCUUUUAGCAGAAAAGAUGCAGCAAUUGGAAAGACAAGUUAUUGAUUCAGACCGUCAAGCAGAGAGAGCUUUUCAACAGGUACAGGUUAUGGAAGAGAAAUUAAAAGCAGCUAACAUUCAAACGAGUGAAGCAGAGACCAGAUUGUAUAAAAAGUGUCAAGAUCUGGAGACUUUGCUCCAGGAAAAGGAUGACAUCAUACAGAACUUGGAACUCCAACUUGAAGAACAGAAACAAAUAAGAAUCCAAGAAGCCAAAAUAAUAGAAGAGAAAGCAGCCAAGAUUAAAGAAUGGGUAACAGUCAAACUACAAGAGCUGGAAUUGGAGAAUCAGAACCUUCGUUUGAUCAACCAAAACCAAACUGAAGAAAUUAGAACAAUACAGGUAAAACUACAAGAAGUUCAAGGGAAGAAACUAUCCACUGCCUCCACACCAAAACCUUCAGAAGGCCAGCGCCUAAGCAGUUUGACUUUUGGAUGCUUUUUAUCCAGAGCAAAGAGUCCUCAGCAAGUAAUUAAAUCAGAGGAAGUGAGCAAGAUAUCAUCUAAAGAACUCGAGUUCCCAGAGGGAAAUCAUGUAGAAGAAAUGGACAUCCCAGAUACGUCCCUUGGUAGCCAAGUACAAGAACACAACAAAGGUCGGAGGUCUUUGCAGCAAAACUCCUGUGUGUUGGAACAGAAUGGGGCAACAAAGACAAGUUAUACUCUACAAAGUGGAGACGGCAUCAAAGACACAUCAAAGAAUUCCUGUGUCACUGUAAGUGACUGGAGUUCUGAUGAGGAAGAAGAAAGCAAAGAAAGAUUAAAAUCUAGGUGUGACUCUACCCUUUCUAGUCAUACUUCAGAGGAGAGUACCCGGUACAGUAGAAUGGGAAGUGAAAUGUAUUUGACAGCAUCUGAUGACAGCAGCUCUUUAUUUGAGGAAGAGAGUUUUGGCAUUAAGAGAACUGAGCACAAGAAGCUGUACUCCUGGCAACAGGAAGCACAAUGGAAGGCUCAGAACAGUAUAAGUGGAAAAGGAAAUUGUGAAUCACGGAGUAAAAAAGGGAAAGAUGGCUUUUCAGAUGAACUGAACAAGAAAUUUCAAUGCCAGAGAUUGGAUUACUCAUCUUCAUCUAGUGAAGCUAACAGCCCAAGUCCUAUUUUAACCCCAGCUUUAGCACCCAAGAAUCCCAGCCUGCUGCCCACAGGACAUCAACAUCCAAUGGCAUUCCAUCCUUCCUCAAAUCUGCCCUCAGCAAAGUUAAGGAUUCCUAAUGUUUUCAGUAUAAGUGUAGCACUGGCCAAAAGACACUUAAGUCAACCCCAGUUAAGUUCUGAUCGGAUGUUUGGCAGAAACAGAAAUGCUAUAAGCAUGAUCCGACCCCUCAAACCUCAGGAGACAGAUAUUGAUCUGGUUGAUGGAGAUAGCAUGGAAAUGGUAGAAAAUAUGGAUGUUGGAUAUGAUGAUGGAGUGUUUUCCUAUGACACCCUUGAAGUAUCUUGUUUGGAAGAUUCAGAAAUGUGUGAUUCAGCUGCAAAGAAGGCAGCUGGAGGCAAACCUCCAACUCCUCCACUUCAUCGGUUUCCUUCCUGGGAAAGCCGGAUUUAUGCUGUGGCCAAAUCAGGCAUUCGAAUGUCUGAAGUCUUCAAUACAGAUAAUAUUCAUAAAAAUUCUUUGUUGAUGACUUCUUAUUCUACAUCAGGACUGUAUACGUCUCUGAUUUACAAAGAUAUGACAACCCCAGUGUAUACAACUUUGAAAGGGAAGGCAACCCAAAUAAGCAACAGCCCAUUCUUAGAUGACUCAUCGGGAUCUGAAGAGGAAGACAGCUCCAGAUCCAGCUCCCGGACAUCUGAAUCGGAUUCUCGAAGUAGAAGUGGGCCAGGGAGUCCUAGAGCCUUGAAACGAGGUGUGUCUUUAUCCUCUGUAACUUCUGAAAGUGAUUACGCUAUUCCUCCUGAUGCCUAUUCUACGGACACAGAAUAUUCAGAGCCAGAGCAGAAGCUCCCCAAAACUUGUUCCUCUUCUGGUGAUAAUGGGAAAAAUGAGCCCCUUGAAAAAUCUGGCUAUUUGUUAAAGAUGGGUGGCAAAGUAAAGACUUGGAAACGGAGGUGGUUUGUUCUUAAAGGUGGUGAAUUACUUUAUUACAAAUCUCCAAGUGAUGUAAUUAGAAAACCCCAGGGCCAUAUUGAACUUAGUAUGUCCAGUCAUAUCAUUAGAGGAGAUAACAAACAAACAGUUCAGUUGACUACUGAAAAACGCACCUAUUACCUGACUGCAGAUUCUCCCAAUAUAUUAGAAGAAUGGAUUAAAGUCUUGCAGAACGUGCUUCGAAUACAAGCUGCUAAUCCUCUUUUCCUACAACCGGAUGGAAAACCAACAGUCAAGGGACUGCUUACCAAGGUGAAACAUGGCUACUCUAAGAGAGUUUGGUGUACCCUUAUUGGGAAAACAUUAUAUUAUUUUCGUAGUCAAGAAGAUAAGUUUCCUCUAGGCCAGAUCAAACUUUGGGAGGCCAAAGUUGAAGAAGUUGACAGAUCCUGUGAUUCUGAUGAAGAUUAUGAGGCCAGUGGUCGCAGUCUAUUAUCUACACAUUAUACCAUUGUUAUCCAUCCCAAAGAGCAAGGACCAACCUACCUUCUGAUUGGGUCUAAGCAUGAAAAGGACACUUGGCUUUAUCAUCUAACCGUUGCAGCAGGAAGUACCAAUGCAAAUGUUGGAUCUGAGUUUGAACAGCUGGUUUGCAAACUGCUUAACAUAGAAGGGGAGCCCACUUCUCAGAUAUGGAGACAUCCCACUCUGUGUCAUAGCAAAGAAGGAAUCAGUUCUCCUCUGACAACGCUGCCCUCUGAAGCUCUGCAGACUGAAGCUAUUAAACUAUUUAAGACAUGCCAGCUCUUUAUAAAUGCUGCCGUUGACUCACCUGCCAUUGAUUACCACAUAUCUUUGGCCCAGAGUGCUUUGCAGAUCUGCCUCACACACCCAGAACUACAGAAUGAAAUUUGUUGUCAACUCAUUAAACAGACAAGACGAAGACAAGUACAGAACCAACCUGGGCCAUUGCAGGGCUGGCAGCUCUUAGCUCUCUGUGUUGGACUCUUUCUUCCCCAACAUCCAUUCCUUUGGCUCCUCAAACUUCACCUGAAGAGGAACGCUGAUUCUAAGACAGAAUUUGGGAAAUACGCUAUUUACUGCCAGCGAUGUGUAGAGAGAGCUCAACAAAAUGGAGAUAGAGAAGCAAGACCCUCAAGAAUGGAAAUUCUUUCAACCCUUCUUCGAAAUCCUUACCAUCAUUCAUUGCCUUUUAGUAUUCCAGUACACUUCAUGAAUGGAAUCUACCAGGUAGUUGGAUUUGAUGCUUCUACCACAGUGGAAGAAUUUUUGAAUACACUAAACCAAGAGACUGGAAUGAGAAAGCCUGCCCAGUCUGGAUUUGCACUCUUUACCGACGAUCCUUCUGGCAAAGAUUUGGAACACUGUCUUCAAGGAAACAUCAAGAUUUGUGACAUUAUUUCUAAAUGGGAACAGGCUUCCAAAGAACAGCAGCCUGGGAAAUGUGAAGGUACGAGAACCGUGCGCCUAACUUAUAAAAACAGGCUUUACUUUUCAGUGCAAGUCCGAGGGGAGAGUGAGAGAGAAAAGCUCCUAUUAAUGUAUCAGACAAAUGAUCAAAUAGUAAAUGGACUCUUUCCUCUGAACAAGGAACUGGCAAUAGAAAUGGCAGCUCUUUUAGCUCAGGUGGAGAUUGGAGAUUUUGAGAGACCUUUCUCAACUCCAGCAGGACAAGUGACCUCUCAGUGCAAGGCAAAUCAAACACUAAAACAAGUUAUAGAAAAAUUUUAUCCUAAAAGGUAUAGAAAUGGCUGUUCUGAAGAACAAUUAAGACAACUUUGUCAACGAUUAUCAACUAGAUGGAUGGCUCUCCGUGGACAUAAUGCUGCUGACUGUGUGCGCAUUUACUUGACUGUGGCCAGAAAGUGGGCGUUCUUUGGUGCUAAGUUAUAUCUUGCAAAACCAGUAACUCCAUCAACACUGGGAAAUACUUUCAUAUGGUUAGCUGUACAUGAAGAUGGAAUUAGCAUUUUGGAAUACAAUUCCAUGAGGUUGAUAGUGACAUAUGUGUACAAAAGCCUAAUGACCUUCGGAGGUUAUCAAGAUGACUUUAUGGUGGUUAUUAACAGUACACAUUCCAAGGAUAAGCCAACAGAUAAAUUCCUUUUUACCAUGGCAAAGCCUAAGAUUCUUGAAAUAACUCUUUUGGUUGCCAGCUAUAUAAACAAUUUCCAUCAACAAAAAGCAGCUCUUCACCACCUCUCAGCUCCUGCACUACUGUCUGCUCGAAAAGGAGGGGCCAAAAACAAGGACAUGGGGAGCCAGCCACUUCUGUUAAACAGCAGACCCACUAAAGGCCCAACUUUACUGUGAAAUCAGAAGCUGGUGACACCAUAUAGAAAUUGAAUGUAUAAGAACGUUACUGGAGGAGCACAAUACGUACAUCAACAUUUCAAAACUGAAAAGACACGAAAGAUUGCUACUCCUUUUUUACAUGACUAUUUAAAAUAUAAAUGAAGAGUCAGUUAUAUUAGGACAAAAUAAAAACUGUUUACAAACACCAGACUGGUUUAAUCAUCCAAUUAGGGCUUGAAGAGCCCUCCAAAGGUCAAAUUGUCUAGCCUUCUGCCAGUAUUUAAUUGAGUAUUUGUUGUAUUUGUGAAAAUAUUGAGAAACAGGUUCCAUAACCUCUCUUCAUAAUCUGGUCCAGUGUUUACCUAUCUUUGAUACUCAGAAGUUAUAAAGUAAGUAAAAAUCGAAGGCCUUUUAAUGAAAGUAUAAUUGAAAAUAAAUAGAAUAUAAAGUUCCAGGAAGCAAUUGCAGUUUGGUAAAUUUUUCAUAUGGUACAGUGGAUCUCUGCUAGAUUUGUGUAUGAUAAAACUAGAAGCCUCCUAUGGUACUUAAAAAGUAUAUUCCUUCACAUCUCCAUUUCAAUGAGAUAAAAUUCUACUGCCUAGAAAUUCUAAAUAAUGAAAGUGACUCCUGUCUUGCCAUAACCUUUUAUACUCUAUGAAUUUGCUGGAAAAUCGACACCUUUCUUCUCUUUGCUUCUUUGUGCUUCUCACUAACCUUAGAUAAAUAGAAUAGUAUUUGGGGAUUUGUAUUCCUUUUUUUCCCAUAUAUAGCAUAGCACUUUACCUGAUGGAAUGCAAUGUCCAUGUGUGUUCUGAGUUUUUAUUUUCUUAAAGUUUUGUAGCUUUCUGAAUUGUAAAAAUAGAAUACACUAUACUUGACCAUUGCAUUCUUAACAUAGGAUUAUAAUUCACAAAUGACUCCUCAAAGCCUUAAAACCAUGUCCUUUUGUUAUUAAUUUUUAGAAGCUCUAAUUGCAUAAGUGACUUGAACACAAAUAAUAGUGGUAAUUUUCCAAGAAGGAAUAUUUGCAAAAAUGACGUACUUCUUUUUAUUUUUUAACCCUUUACCUUCUGUGUUAGACUCAAUACUAAGUAUUGAUUCCAAGGCAGGAGAGUGGUAGGGGUUAGCAAUGCUGGUUAAGUGACUUGCCCAGGGAUAGCUAUGAAUUAUCUGAGGUCAGAUUCAAACCCAGGAUCUCCCAUCUCUAGGCCUGGCUCUUUCACUGAGCUACCUAGCUGUACUCCAUGAUGUACUUUUAAUAACUUCCAUUUAUAAACCUUCGAUAACUACCCAUUGUGAAACCAAAAGCUGUACUUACUGAAGACUAAACAAAUCUGAGUUAAUCCAUUCAGAUAUUCCCUUUAAUGCUAAAGACUGAAACCCCUUCAUCUGUUCUUGUCCAUCCUUUAGGGCAGUGGUGGCAAACCUAUGGCACAGGUACCAUAGAUGGCAUAUUCUCUGUGGGCAUGCAGCCAUCCCCACCCACCCAGAGCUGGUUAUUAGAAAGGCAGAGGGACUCAGGUGGGGCUGCUCUGUUUCCCCUCUCCACUGUGCCUGAAGACAUUUUUUCACAUCACCCACCCCACUCUUCCCAGCAGCCCAAUGGGAGUACUUUAUCCCUUCCCUGUGUGGGGGGAGGGGAAGAGGAAUGGCACUCCAUCUCUAAAUGGUUUGCCAUCCCUGCUCUAGGGCUUUUGUUAAUGACCUGUAAAUCUUUCACUGAGAUUCUUCCUCUUGAUCUCUUGAUACUUAAUGGGUACCACAUUUCAUGGAGUCAGUGGGCUAUCUAUUUACGCAUUUUUAAAGAUGAUUUAUUUUUUUUAACUGUCAAAGUUUUGCUAUCAAAGAAGGAAAAGUGGUUUUGAGAAGCUAAAUUACUGGGCUAGGUCAGUGGGCAAUGCUGUACAGACUUCAUGUCAAAAUAGAAUGUGUAACAUAAAUUCCUUCUAUAAAUUGGAAUUUGAGUGCUGGAAUUAGGCGAGGGGAAUGAAAUAUAAGCAUUUUAAUACUAAUCAUUAUUUAGUUACUACUCACAACUUUAAAUUAUGUGGAGAAUAUUUGUAUUUAUUCUUUUGGACAUAUAUUUAUCAAUUUUCACGAGGUAUUUUUGUAUGAAUUAAAAGCAAAUUCCAAAAUGUUAGGUGUUAAGGUAAGGAGUAGAAAGUGUGGUGGAGUGAAAAGGAUUCUGGGUUGGAAAUCAGAUCACCUGCUUUUAAAUCCCACUUAUUCUAUUUAGCUGCUUAUGUGACCUUGACUAUGGCAGCACCUUUAUGGGCUUCAGUGCACUCAUCUGUAAAAUGAGGGGUAUGGGCCAAAUGAGCUUCUAGUUCUAAAUCUAUGUGAUUGUCCCUAAAUUUAAUAAUUUACUAGUGUUGCCCUUUGCCUUGUUUUAUUUUUCUGCCCCUUUCUCUUUCUAGCCAUGCACUGACUUUUCCACAAGUAACUUGCAGGUAACAAAACUUUCUAUAAAAACUUAAGAAUGUUUGCUGAUUUUAGAACAUUCCCCAUCUACAUACAGAAAGUGUGUAGAAGUGUAAAAAGUGUGUGACUAUAAUUAUAUUGCUUCUUUAAUACUUGUUCAUAGCACAGUGUACCUGUCAUGCAGUAACCAUAUUAUUAAUGCUUCUAGGUUGGUUGAUUGUUAAGGGGUGCCCUCUACCAAUGUCUGCUACAACCCUUCCAUGCCUUAAUAGAUGACUUACACAUUUCUGUGGACAAAAAAAGUUAAUAUCUGAUAAUCCACCCCCUAAAAGUGAGGGAGCUCUUCCACAUAUCUAGAAUGUCCUUCCCAGAAGGCAGUAUUUGUUGCCAGGCUUACACUUGAAGUUUCUCUGCCUUCUUGGACCUGUUAGAAUUUUUAGUCUUUUGGCAUAGCCUUCAAGCACUUGGGCAUCACUUUCAUGCCAGUAUGAGCAUCAGAGAAAACUGUGAAUAGAGAAGAAUGAUAAUAUGCUACUUUGAUAAUGGCUCAAAGGAAAGCCCUUUCUCCUGCCUCCCCACUCCUUCCUCCCCCAAAACAAAGCAUCCUUUAGAAACAAAUUUCCACUAAAAAGUUCCUUAGCUAUAACAACUAAUUAGUUAAGCAAAUUUGUCUAUAAGAAUAGACUUCUUUGCCUCUGAGUGAGACUUUGGUUCAAGUCCCACUACUGUCAUAUCCUGACUUGUAUCAUUCUGGGGAAGUCAUUUGACCUUUCAAUGGCUGGAGCACUUUCUCAAACAAUUUACUGAGCAACAAUUGCUGAUGGAAUUUCCUUGCUGGGAUUUCCCUAUGCCAAGGAAAUCAUAGGACCAGUUUAAAAAGAAGAAACUGGCCAUUUUAUGGUGCAAUUGAAAUAACCCCUUUCUAAAGCCAAAUGAAGGCUCCUAUUUACCAGAACAUUAUUUAAUUAUUGGAUAAUAAGCCAAAGGCUUUGGCAGGGCUAUCCACAUAAAAGCACCAUUCAUGGCGAUACUUCACUCUCCAAAUAAGCUUUUAAGUUUAUGGUAAAAUUGUGAUUUCUUAACUUAGUCUAUAAUAUCCUAUAAUUGGCAUUUAUUUUUGAUAAUUUAAAUAUAUAUAUUGUGACAGAAAGAAAUUAACUUUUCAUAACUACUGAUGUUGAAAAAUUGAUUUUAUUUUCUGAAGAAAUGACAACUUUUACACAGGUUUUUUAAAAAUCCAAAGCUUAUUGUUGUGAUCAGUUACCAGAGAACAAUGUUAUAUGUUAAUUUCAUAUUUGAAUUGUGAUGUCUCCUAUCAUUUUCUUGCCUUUCAAUCAUAAUAAAUGAUUUAUAAAUCCA